UUUGGAUGAUCAUCAACCCAACACCUCCAUCACUUUGCUAGCUCCACAUCUUCAUCAACCCUCACCAUUUCCUCCCAAGUUCUUGAUCAAGAUCAAAUCAACCAUGGGUACUGAAGCUGAGGUUGUGAUGGUGGAUGGGAUCCCUUUUCCUUCUCUAGUCAACGUCACCAAGCCAUUGUCCUUGCUAGGCCAUGGAAUUACAGAUAUAGAGAUACAUUUCCUCCAGAUUAAGUUCACAGCAAUAGGAGUAUAUCUGGAUCCCCAAAUUGUGUCCCAUUUACACAAAUGGAAGGGAAAAUCAGCAGCUGAGCUAACACAAGAUCAUCACUUCUUUCAAACUAUCAUUUCAGCCCCGGUGGAUAAGUUAGUGAGGGUGGUGGUGAUUAAGGAGAUAAAGGGUUCACAAUUUGGAGUACAGAUAGAGAGUGCAGUUAGGGACCGUUUGGCAGAGAUUGAUAAAUAUGAAGAAGAGGAGGAAGAAGCACUGGAGCAGCUUGUGGAGUUUUUCCAGUCUAAGUAUUUCAACAAGGACUCUGUCUUGACAUUCUAUUUCUCAGCUGCUUCUCCCACUGUUCAGAUUGGAUUUGCUGGAGACGGGAAAGAAGAAGCAAAGAUGGAAGUGAAGAAUGGGAAUGUGGUGGAGAUGAUACAGAAAUGGUACUUGGGUGGGAGCACUGCACUCUCUCCUACAACCAUUUCCUCCUUAGCCACCUCUCUCUCUCUCCUCACCUCUCAAAUUGAAUAAUCCUCACCAACCAUUUUUCUUUCAUUCUACUUUUAACACUCUCAUUCUCAUCUUGUAUUCAAUAAAUUAACAAUAUGUCAAUAAAUUAGUCCUUUAUGGGACAGAUAAGUGGUUUGAGUUCAAA